CUCAAAUGAUUCUCUAGUUAGCCCCUGUUCUAAAAAUAAAUAAUUUAAGUGUUUAUUUUUAUUCAAAAAGUUGGUUUACAAUGCCUAUUACCAGAAGAGGAGCUUCUACUUCUAGAAGUGAACCAUCUUGUUCUAGAAGUGAAAAAUCUGCCGAGCUUAGAAGUCCCAAAAGACGAAAGCAAUCGGAUCCAAAGCAUUCAGAGAUAGGAGCUGCAGUGGAUGAUGUCAUGGAAGAUCAAGUAGUCGAACCAUCUCCGGAGAAUGUCGUGUCUGACCAUGAGGAAAUAGAGGAGAGGGAUGAGGAUGAGGCUUUACCUCUUCAGCCUGAGAGUUUUUUCUUUAGUCCUGAGGAGUAUGAUAAGACUUUGAAGAUAUCAACAAGGUGUACCAUUGGUAACACGCUGGAUGCCAUUAGUAAGAAGCUGGGUGACAAAGAAAUGAAGUGGUUUAGAGAUGAGAAGCAGUUCAAGCACGUCUUUCACUUGGUUAGGAAAGGGAAAAAUAAGCUGCAAGAUCAUAAUGCAAGCAGUUUUGGUAGUUAUGCCUUUGUGGAGAGGGUCUUUGGAACAAGAAGUGUAACAGUGAGCGAUGUGGAAAAGAUGCUAGAGUCAAUGGAAGGUGUGUGUGAUGGAGAUCGAUUGCAGGUGGCGGUCUUAUUCUUCUUAUGCACGAUAGUAAGAGGAGGGAGAAGGUAUAAUAGCAUACCUCCAUUUGUUUUGAAGAUAGUGAAUGAUUUGGAAGAGGUUAAAAAGUUUCCUUGGGGGCGGCUUACUUUUGAAGACACUAUAUCUGAGAUUGAUCGCUUGAUGAAGAAGCGGUUAAAUGGCAAAGUGAAAGUUGACCAUUUGUUUGCCGGGUUCAUAGUUCCUCUUGAGGUUUUGGCGUUUGAAUGCAUUCCUAAGCUGUCCAAACAAUUUCAAGAAGGUGACAUAAUUAGUAUCCUCCAACCAUCAGCGGUUGAGGAAGGUCUUUUGCUGGAGAUUAUGGAACGAGCUGAACCCGAGGAUUCAUUGGACCCUAUUGCAGAUGCGUGGACUGAGCGUCUCGACGUACAACAGAAGAAGAUUUGUUGGGAGGAUCUUCAUAAGGUUGAUGUGUAUUAUCGAGGAUGUGGAGAGGGACAUAUUCCAGCAGCUUCACAUAGGGAAGAGCCGCAGCAAGAUGUUCCAGCAGCUUCACAGAAGGAGGAGGAGCUGCUUUUACCUUAUUUGGUGAAGAGGAUGGUGAAAACAGAGGUUGCCAAAGCUAUGAAGGACGUGUAUAAGAGAUUGGAAAAGCUUGAGAAGAAUGGUGUUGGAGGUUGUUUUGAGAAGAAUGGUGUUGACACAUUUGAUGAUGAGACAGAUGUUGUUCUCCACAGAUUACUAAAAACAGAGAUCAAGCAACAAGACUUAAAAACAGACAGUGUGAUAAAGGUAACAACGAAGAGUCUUGACAUGAACAGACUGUUGAGGGUGUUCCAAGAAUAUCUGCAAGAAAAGGGGAACCUCUUAGAUCUGUCUUACGCGAAUAAAUCCAUACAAUGACUUAACAAAGAAACUGUUGUUAAGGAACUGUUGCACAGAAUAAAAGCUCAUAAAGGUCAUACCAAAGAAUAUUUACAUUAUCUGUUUGCCAAGUUCUACAACAUUUGAAUGAAUAAACAGCUGAACACUAC